GCGAGGAAAAUAUGAAGAUGUCUUCCAAUUUACAAAGCCAACAGUACGCGUUGCAGGAUCUGAAAGAUAGACUCCAUCACGCCACUACCCACGUUGAUUCUCUCAACCAAAAAGUCGAGGAAAAUCGAAUAGAAAUAACCGAUUUGAUGGCACAGGUCAAAGAAUUAUCUCAGGAUGUUACGGAAAAGUCUUCGGAUUCGCAUCUCGAAUUGCAAAUGCGUUUGAAGGAAACUGAGGAAGAAUUGAAUAGCCUACGGGAGCAGAAUUUAAAGCUCGCUAGAAAACACGAAGACCACCUGUCCAAUUGUUCGAGCGCUGAUACAAGCAGAAUGUCUACACCAGACCCAGAAUUACCGCCAUCUAGAAGACAGUACAUAGCAUCUUUGAAGGAAACCGAACUUCAAAAGGAUGCCUUUUCUCUAUUAGAACAACGUUUUAAGAGAUCCGUGAAAGAGAACGUCGAUCUGAAAGAACGCAAUGAAGGCUUGGAACAUUUGAUAACACUGCUCGAGGGAGAGUCGGAAUGUAUAGGUGAAUAUAUAGCCAUUUAUCACGCUCAAAGAAAUUACCUCAACAAGAAAAACGAGGAUCGAGAAAGCUAUUUAACGCGUUUGGUUAAUCAACAUGUCCGCAUAAGGGAAAAAUUAUCCGAUUUCAAAGAGCUCUUAUCGUUAUACGCCCCUAAAACCCUUGGUCACCCUCAAGAAACCGAAAUUGCUCAAUUCGCCCAAGAACUCGGUCUUAAGGCCUCCCAGAUCUUGGAUCUCCUCGGAACAGGUACCCCCUACCACGAUAAUUAUUUGAAUGCAGAUUCGUUAUCAGCCACUCCACUCACCUUUUCCCAAUUCCAUUCAACUUUGCCGGAAGCCCAUUUGGCCGCUUGCAAAUGUUGCCAAGGAAUCGUUAAACAUAUUUAAUGGUUUUUAGAUUAAAUGAGAAAUAUUUUGUCUACUUCUGCCUAGCAAAAAAAUGAUGCUGAAUUUCGCGUAAACUAAGUAUCGUGUCGAUUUUAAAUAUAUAUAUUUUUUUUAAAUUGUGUUUAAAUUAAAUCAUUCCUUUUAUGCUCACGAAAUAACAAAUUUAUAACUGUUAAAAAUUUGAAUGUUAUAAUUUCCA